AUGCAAGACAAUCUAAAUCAAACAGCUUCCUUCUUUCAUCAUCCUAAACUCAAAAUACCAAAACUUAAAUGUACAUAUGAACUUAUUUGUUCCCCUGAUCUCGAAAUACCUACUUUUAGUAAAAAAGAUGAUUCAUAUCAACAUUAAUCAUUAUUUAAACAAUGUUAAAGGAGAAAUAGCUAAACGAAUAUUACUCAAAAUCAAUUAUCAAAUUUAUUCCAAUCCAUACCACUUAAAAAAGCUAAUUCAGAUUCUAAAACUAAUCCUAAAGUACCAUCACUUAAGAUACACUAAAAAUCACUACUUUAGAAACUUUCAGACUAUAAAUCAACCAGUUAACAUUCAACUACUCUACUCAGAGGAAGACGGAACAUCAAAANGAAAAUGUUAAUAAAAGGAGAUUAAUUAGGAUGCACUGAAGAGAUAUUAACAGUAGUUAGUAUGUUAAGUGUUCCAGGAAUAUUUUAUAGACCGAAAGAUAGAGAAGCAGAGAGUGAUGCAGCAAGAGAAAAGUUAUUCGUAGGGGAGAGUGAUCAUUUAACAAUGCUUAAUGUAUUUGAAUAAUGGAAAAGACAUGAAUUUUCUCCUGAAUGGUGUAAUGAACAUUUUGUAUAAGCAAAAAGUAUGAGAAAAGUAAGAGAAGUAAGAGCAUAAUUAAAAGAUAUAGCUGGUAAAUUAGGAUUAAAAAUGAGUACUUGUAAUUUUUCAUAUGAUGUUGUUAGAAAGGCAAUAUGUUCUGCUUAUUUUUAAAAUGCUGCAAAAAUAAAAGGUGUUGGUGAUUAUAUAAAUUUACGUACAGGAAUGCCAUGUAAACUUCAUCCUUCAAGUGCUUUAUAUUCUUUAGGUUAUGCACCUGAUUAUGUUGUAUAUCAUGAAUUAGUUAUGACAUCAAAAGAAUAUAUGCAUUGUGUUAGUGCUGUUGAUCCAUAAUGGUUAGCUGAAAUGGGUCCUAUGUUUUUUAGUAUUAAAGAAGAUGGUGAAACUAGAGCAUCAAGAAUUGAAAGUGAAAAAAAAAGUAAAAGAGAAAUUGAAUUAUCUAUUGAAAAAGCUAAAAGAGAACAUGAAAUGAAAAGUGAAGAAUGUCUUAAAAGAAGAGAAAAAGAAGAUAGAGAAAGAAGAUUAAUUAGUGAACGUACUGCAACCUUAGGUUAAAGACCUAGUAGAAUUUAAACUCCUGUUAGAUAAUAAAUAUCAUCUAUUGCUGCUACUCCAUUAAGAAGUGAAUGUGAAUCUGUCAUCUCUGGUAUGACUAGUAUCUAAGCUAAAUAAAUGAGAAUGGCUUAUUAUGAUGAUGAAGAAGAAUAAGAUCUUGGCAAAAAUAAAAUACCUAAAUUAGAAUGA